AUGGGUUUCACAGUCCAGAGCAAAGCUUGCUGCACUCGACCUCCCAUUGUGCUACGAGGCGGCUACACAUAUGAAGAGAAGGGCAAAUACGAAGAUUUCAAUGGCAUGAAGACCUAUGUCACCGGCAGUGACCAAGCCACACGAGGCGUGUUCCUCGCGUAUGACGUCUUCGGUCUAUACGUCCAAGCCAUCAAAGGUGCCGACAUUCUGGCAUGGGACUAUCCCGAGCUGCCCGACGGAGCCGGCGAGUUCAAGGUCUUCAUGCCCGACUUCUGGGGCGACCAUCCGCAAGAUCUCGCAAACUUCCCGCCCAAGACACCCAAGCAGAUGAAGGCCGUCGUCGACUUCAUGACCGGACCAGCCAACCCUGAAAAGACAGUCCCCAUGAUUAGACCACUGUUUGACGCUUUCCAAAAAGCCAACCCGCAAAUCAAGACCUGGUCGAUAUUGGGCUUCUGCUGGGGUGUGAAGAUUGCUGCCUUGGUGACCACCCAGGGGACUAAAUUCAGUGCUGCUGCUGGGGCGCACCCCAGUCUGAUGGACGUGGAAGACACAAAGCACGUCACUGUUCCGUUUUGUGUUCUGCCCAGCCAGGAUGAGGACCCCGAGUACGUCGAGGCGUGGUUCGCAAAUCUCAAGAAGGCUUCACCGCAGAGCUAUUUGGAGACGUUCGGCGACCAAGUGCAUGGUUGGAUGACAUCGCGUGCCGAUUUCAAUAAUCUGCACGCGUACGAGGAGUAUCUUCGAGGAUAUAGAAUUGUUAGGACAUUCUUCGCCGCUCAUAUGUAG